AUGCCAUGGACUUGGUUCAUAUCUCUCGAGGUAAAAUUAUUCAUUGUUUCCUGCUUUGUGCUGUUAUUAGCACAAAUAUAUCCAGGGUAUGCAUUCGCAAUAGCUUGCGUAUCUCUACUGUUCUCAGUUUUUGCUGCAUCAAUUUGGGAGCUAAGGCCAUACCCUCAGAGCAGGUCAGCGAGAAAUUGUUUUCUUUUUAAGUUCUUGUAAUUAAAUUUAUGACUCUAUAGCAUUUCUACACUCUACGAAUUGACCACUUUCAACAUAGUUUUCGAUAACAUUUGUUUACGCGUUUCACCAUAUCUUAUGGGUAUAUGUUUAGGAUAUGUUUUAAGUAAAACUCAUGACAAAAUUAAAAUUAAUUCAAUUUUACUCAUUUGCGGUUGGUUUGCUUGUCUGCUAACACUUAUUAUAAUCGUUUUUGGCUAUGAGAUGAUUCUGGGAUAUGUGGAUCAUAUAGUACGGAUUACAUUAGUAACGUUUACACAUACAAUAUGGUCAUUAGUUUUGCUUUGGCUAACACUUACUAGUGUUAUUAUGUUUAAUGGACGCUUUCUAUCGAUGUUCUGUAAAUCUAAAUAUAUUUCGGCUCUUGAGAAAUUAUCACCAAUUUGUAUGAUAAUUGCGCCCAUCGUAAUUAGGCUGUUUAUAUUUACCGCAGAUGCACCGAUUUAUACGUCAAACGGACAGACAAUUUCCACUGCUUCUGCUCUUGCAUCUGACAAUAGUCCUAAGUUUAAAGCGCGUGCGUUUAUGGAUGAUAUAUGUAUCUUACCUAUUGAAUUGCUAAAUGCUUCGUUUUGA